AUGGACAAAUUGCCAAUUGGAUAUAUCAAAGGCAAAGGAAAUGUAUUCAUAUAUUAUUCUUACAUUCUUAUAGCCUUUAGAUAAGAAGGUCCCAAGAAAUAAAAAAUAUGAUUAUGUCAAACAAACUCUAAACACUGGACCAACUAUUAGAGAUAUUGAAGUUAUAAGCAAUGCAACAAUAGCAAAAAAGAGAUCUGAAAUUUUCAAAAGAAUUAAAUGUUCUACACUACUGAAAUUGAUUAUUGUAUUUAUUAUUUAAUUUUUAGGAAGAACCUGCAUAAGAAUCAAUACAUAAUAUAAUAGAUCAAUAAGAAUAAGAUCAAUUGAAAUAAUUUGAUACUUAAAGUCAAUAUAGUUAGAAAACAAGAUUCACUGAAGUCUCAUAGGUUUCUGCAAUUACAUAUGCAACUGAAUAACUUGGUCUCACUGAUUAAUCUGAAUUUCUACUGAUUGAUCUUAGAGAUCAAGAUGAAUUUUAAAUGUAUCACAUUAAAGAAGCCAUCAAUUUCCCUGCUCCAUUUCUUAGAUAAGAUAAAUUAACUCAAUAAAUAUAUAGAUUUGUAAAUUUCUUAUUAUAAUACUUUUAUUAGAAAAAUCAAGAAGGAAGAUUAAUUAUCAUAUAUCACUUUGAUGAAAAGAAUGGUAUACCUUCAGCAACACUCUUUGCUGAAAAAGGAUUUGAAAAUGUUUAUCUACUAAGUGGAGGAAUAGAAAAGUUUCUAUAAAAUUAUCCUGAAACUGUUAUUGGAACAAAAGUACCUACUUUUCAAAAACCAGAAUGUAAUCAUUUAUUAUAAAAUACUAUGUAGAAAACCCUAAUAAAAUUAUAAAGAGAUCAAAUUAUAAAGAAAGUGAAUCUUAAAUAAAUAAAUCAGAAAAAGCUAUUAGUGAUACAAAAUCAUAAAUUAGUUAAAAAUCUAAAAUAACUCGAUAAACAAGUAGUUAAAAAUAAUAAUAAUAAUAAUAAUCAUAGUUUAUAGAUAAAUGA